CUUUUUGCUUUAUAAAUAUCCGCACUUAGUUACGCACUCGAAAAAGCUAACUCUCCGUCGUAUCCUUCUCAUUCCUUUUAGAUCCUCGAUUCUACCGCCGCCACCGCCUGCCUUAUCCCUCUCUCCGCCGAAUAUGGCGCCGCCGACGGCCGCAGCUCAAGGCGGCCAGGCACCGCAAGGGAGACAACAGCAACAACAAGGAGGCUUUGGCCUCACCGGAAUUAUCCGCAUAGCGGUUUUCUGGUACUUCGCCUCCAAACUGUUCUCUCCUAAAAAACCUACCGAACCUUCUGCUCUCAUCAACAAUCUCUUCCAGAAAGGCCAGCCACUGGACAUGUGGUUAUAUAUCUCUGAGCGUGAGAAGUUCAACGACUUUGGUCGUGAAAGUGCUCUUGUUUGGCAUGAAACCAAUAUUCCAUAUGCUGUUUGGGGACCUGAGAGUACCAGGACUCUUACUUUGAAGUAUCACGCAUCUGAGGCUUUGAAGAACAAUGGGAGUCUGUAUGCUCAUGUUUUCUUUGCACAUUCUGGAUACUCGCCUGACCCAAGUGAUCCAGAAUACCAACCUCAAGCAGCAUUUGGAAGAACACAUCCUGUUGUGAUAUACUUGCCCAAGUCAAAAGCAGAUAAAAAGAAAAGUCUAUUGGGGAAUUCACCGGAUUCUACUGAGGGCCAAGCGACAUCCAAGGUGGUUGAUGAUACCGAAGAUGAUUCUAAGGAUGAAGGCCCUGUCGAGUGGGUUUCAUAUUGGAAACCAAAUAUAACUAUAAACUUGGUUGCUGACUUCACACAGUAUCCAAAAACAGGCAUACCACCAAACAUUGCUCCAUACAUGAAUAUCGAUCCUUUCACUGGGAACUACUAUCCAACUGUCUUUUUCAAUGAGUUCUGGUUACUCAGGGAUAAGUUGAUAGCUUUGAAUGAGACAGUAACUGAGUUACCACUUAAUCUGGAGGUUGGUCCCAUUAGUAUGACAAAGUGGCAAUUAUUCAUGCAGAUCGACCAGUCAUUUCAGAUUCAUCGUAAUUAUGGAAGCAUGCUUGAAGGCGAAGCUGAUGAAUUAAAGAGGGUAUUCUUGGAAGGAAAUCCUUACCUCCUGGGAGUUACGAUGAUCGUAUCUUUACUUCAUUCUGUUUUUGACUUCUUGGCUUUCAAGAAUGAUAUCCAAUUUUGGAACAAAAAUAAAUCCAUGGAGGGACUGUCUGCAAAGACAGUUGUUGUGAGCUUUAUUUGUCAGCUUAUUAUCUUCCUUUAUCUGCUUGACAAUGACACCUCCUGGAUGAUUCUUGCAAGCUCUGGAAUUGGCGUUGUUAUUGAGUUCUGGAAAAUUGGAAAAGCCAUGCGUAUAGAGAUUGAUAGGACAGGAAAAAUACCUAUGUUGAGGCUCCGAGAUCGGGAGUCAUAUGUAAGGAACAAGACAAAGGAGUAUGAUGAUAUUGCAAUGAAGUAUUUAUCCUAUGUUCUAUUUCUCCUUGUUGCUGGCUUCUCCAUUUACUCAUUGAUGUAUGAGCGUCACAAGAGUUGGUAUUCUUGGAUUUUGUCUUCACUCACAAGCUGUGUCUACAUGUUUGGUUUUAUUAUGAUGUGCCCUCAGUUGUUCAUCAACUACAAGCUUAAAUCUGUUGCUCAUCUACCUUGGAGACAAAUGACUUACAAGUUCCUCAAUACCAUCAUUGAUGAUCUUUUUGCCUUUGUCAUCAAAAUGCCAACACUACAUCGUCUCUCUGUCUUCCGCGAUGAUCUCAUCUUCCUCAUAUAUUUAUACCAACGGUGGAUCUAUCCAGUGGAUAAGAAACGUGUAAAUGAGUUUGGUUUUGGAGGCGAGGAUGAGGAUCAGGCUGUGGAAUCUUCAGAGGUGGUUGCUGCAAAGGAAGAAGAGAAGAAAACCAAUUGAUUUAGUUUCCUGUCGGCCACUUUUGAUAGAAUUCUACAGUGAACACCAUAAACUGCAGAAUUCAAAUGGGGACUAAUUUAUUUUUCUCCCCCAUUUUUUUUCUUUGCUUUACAUUUGCUAUUAGAUAGGACUGAAGGAUGAAGUAUCUAUACAGCUUUUUGUUUUUGUUUUGUGAAGUAGAAUUUCCUUAACAAGAAUAUCUUUAGUUUUAUUUAUUUAUAUUUGUCA